CUGCCCUUGCGAGUGAAGGAGAACCGGAAUCCUGAGCUGCCCGAUGAGCGUUUACACGACAGCUUCGCCGCUUUUGAGUCGUCUUUCCCAGCUCUCGAAACUCAACUCGGCUCGACUCAACCACCACUUACGUACUUAGCGAGGGAGGAAUCGAAGGAGAAAACAAAAAAAAACUAAAACUAAAACUGGAUCCGUCAUUAUUUCCUCGCGGUAGGAACAAGCAGCACACCGAAGCAAAGCAACAGCGAUUGUCCUGAAGAAAACACCGUCGCAGUGCGUACGUACAAUAAAACCCACACAUCUUGCGUUGGUUAUUCUUACGUGCACGUCAUGGCGGCAAACUACUGGGCUUCAUCGCAGCGUCUGCAUUGGCAAAUGUCUCGACAGCGACUGGCUGAGAUCAGGAGCGCUCUCGAAGCUCAAGAUCCGAAGACGGUUCAACAAUAUCCUUUGCCUGAAUUGAGGCAUCUGAGCAUAUACUUCAAUUCUCAGAUAGUUCGUCUUGGUCGGCGCAUGCAGACGAGACAACAGGCACUGGCAACCGCCCAAUUAUAUAUUCGACGAUUUUACGCAAAGGUCCCUAUACGUGAUACGAACCCUUACUUAGUGAUGGCAACAUGCUUGUAUCUCGCGUUGAAGAUGGAGGAGUGUCCCCAGCACAUCAGGAUCGUUGUCAGUGAGGCGCGAACUUGCUGGCCCGAUGUAAUGCCCUCCGAUACAGCGAAGCUCGCUGAAUGCGAGUUUUACCUCAUAUCUGAAAUGAAUUCGUAUCUGAUAGUUCAUCACCCAUACCGGACCCUUCAGGACCUUACACCUGUUCUAUCGUUGACAAGUGAAGAGAACAGCACUUCCUGGCAGGUUAUCAACGACUCCUGUCUUACCGACCUUCCACUAUUAUACCCUCCACAUAUAAUUGCGUUGACCGCGAUCUUUCUUUCGGUUGUACUGAAGACAUCGCUACCACAGGCAAGCAUACACGCCGCAGCAUCAUCAGCUACCGUUGCUACAACCGCAGCCGCGGCGGCGACCUCUGCGGUCAGGGACCCCAGACGUACACACACUUUUCUUGCUCCCACACACACCCCAAGUCCGCAGUGCUCGCUCUCUUCCCUCCCUCUCUCUUUCUCUGCCUGUGCUCCCAUACCGGUGUGCUUCCUGUAUUCCCCCAAAGCCUCUCUUCCUCUGAUCCUGCUCUGCUUAUCCUUCCCCCCCCCCUCACCACAUUCUCAAACUCAAACCUCCAGUCCGCCACAGCCUUCUCUCCUCUUAUUUCUUCUACCCCCUCCCGCACCCCUCUUCAUCCAUAUUCAAAAGCACACGAGCCAUCCAAGCAAAGUUUCCAUUAUCGAUACGAUCCGGUGUUGUCCUGUUGUCUGUUUGUCUGUUUGUUAUAAUCUAAUCAUCGCCACCCUCCUUCAUCCGUCUUUCCUACUCCCAUCAUCUCACCUUGCCUUGCAUCGGGUCGUCCUUAAACCCAAAAACUCCAACGCCAGCAAAAAAAAACAAACCCACACAACACAUUCACUUUUCAACCCACUCCUCGGACAGCUUUUCCAGGCGAUAGCAUCAACCUUCCCCUAAUAACAUAUCACAUACCACCCCUACUACGCAAUGUCUUUCGGUUACCCCUACUUACUGAAUCCAGGAUAAAUCUCCUCCGGCAACCGCUCUCCUACGAACCCUCACCGUCCUUCUUCUACUCCGACCUUUCUCA